AUGUCGCUCGUCAUUCCGCUCAUUCCAAAGUUCUUCUACCUCACCGCAGACCUGCAGUUCACCGCCAGUCUCAACGCCUACCUCGAUCUGUGUGAGUCCAAGUGGCCGUCCAUUCGCUCGGCGGCCAUUGCUCGGCUGCCCGGCUUUAUCUCGCACAGCUCGGCGAGCAGUCUCUCGCUUCUGCCCGAAGGCCGCGAGCUGCCGUCGGUCAUGGUCUCCAUCCUGCUCCAGCUGAUGCUCUCCGAGCUGCCUGCGGAGAUUGCGGCGGUCGACGCUGCGCUUGCGGAUCUGGUCACGGUUGCGCCGGUCCAGGCGACGACUGCCAUUGCGACGGCGAUGGCGCUGGAUGCGGCGACUCCGCUGCCAGCACCGCACGUGGAACGGGCGACGGCGGCGGUGGCGGCGGGUCUUGCGGCUGUGACCCGCGAGACUGUUGUGUCGCUCCUUGCGCCGCGGCCGGACCCGUGGUCGGCUGCCCUCCACGUGGUCGAUCCGUUGCUUGCGGAGCUCGAUCCGAGCGGCUCGGGCCCGCUGCUGAGUGUCGAGUCAGUGGGUGCAGUACUCGACGCGGUCGCUGCCGGCCUGCCGGCCGCCUUUGAGCCGCGGCACCGGGUGCGUGCGCUGCUUGCGCAGGCGCUCGGACAGGCUACCGCCCAGCCUGCCGCCCAGUCUGCCAACGUACGAUCGCUGCUCCUGGCGGCGCUGGAGGCGACGUCUGGCCCGCGCCCGCGGCUGUCGACCGUGGGCGCAGUAGCGACGUGCCUCACCGCGGCGCUUGCGGCCGAUCCCGCCUCGGCCGGCGACUGGCUCGGCCUCGCUCAGCAGGCCGCUGACGCUGCCGCCGCCUGCCCGCCGCCGCCUCCCUCGGCUGCCGCUGCUUGUCUGGGCAAGCUGCGCACAGCGCUUGACGCCGCGGCGGCGCCGGCCUCCGGCGAUGUCGAGUGGCGGGUGGUCGAGACGUUGGUGUACGCAUACGCGCACGUGGCCCAGGCUGGUGGCCCUCGGUCCGACGAGGCCGCGGCGUGGGAGGCCGCGACGCUUGCGCCGCUCGAGACCAACGCCGCCGCGUACACUGUGAGCGUCAAGGCCAAGCUCGAGCGGCUGUCGGCGGCGCUGGUGGCCGAGCCAGUGUCGCGGGUGGCGCGAGCGCAGCUGCAGCAGACCUCGAGUCUGCUGGUCGACGCGCUGGCGGUACUCGACCGGGUUGCCUGCAUUCUCGCCCGCAUCCUCGCGCCGUCGCGGCCAGAGGAGCAAUAUCUCACGGUCGGUGCCAACGUGGCGCCAUCGUGGGCUCCGCCCGUUCCGCCGGCGCCGCCACCGGCGUCGGCCAAGCGCCUGCGCGACGAGGCAGCGCCAAGUGCCGGCCCGCUCCCGCGGCUCACCGCCGACUCGCCGCGGCUCAAGCGGCCCAAGCCGCUGGGCAACGGCAAGCCAGCAGCCAAGCCCAAGACCCGGCUCCCGGUCAAGUCGCGGCUCUCUGUCAAGGCACGGCUGGGUUAA